CAGCCUGAGGAGGCUAAUAUGACAGUUGUGAUGGAAUUCUAUGCAAACUUGUCGGAGCAUGAGUAUCAAGUAUGCAUGGUACAGGGGAAGACGGUGAAUUUUGCACAAGAAGCCAUUGAAAGCGUCUAUAACUUCCCACAAUUUGGUGGUACAGCGCAAGAUGAAUAUCGUACAACAUACAUAAAGGAGCCUUACAAAUGGGACAUGUUCAUUGAAGUUAUUUGUACAUCCGGACAGACAGUUCAUUGGUUGAAGGAGAAUCACAAAUUCCACUCCAAGAGCUUGAACACUGAGGUUAAGUGUUGGUUUCAUAUUAUCACUAGUCGUAUCCUUCCCUCCACCAAUACUACUGAGGUACAUGGUUUUAGAGCUGCUCUUUUUUUUUUUUUGAUGACCAAACUGCGUAUCCUGCCUGGCCUAUUGAUUGUAGAAGAGAUGUUAGAUAAAGCCACUUCUCCCAAGUAUGGUUAUUUUUUUCCAGCUUUUAUCACAAAGUUAUGUAGACUUUCUGGUGUUAAAUUCAAGAAGUCCGAUGUUACUCUAAUGGCAGGUCCGAAGUUCAGAGCGGAUAGAAUGACAAUCGGAAAAACAGUACGACAGCCCGCAAGUACUGAAGAAGUAGGCAGCGACGUUGAUGAUGUGGAAGAGUUGCCCGAUCAUGUAGUGCCACCUACCCAAAGCACUCAGGACUCAAUGGGGAGGUCAUGGGCGGAGCAAUUUCACUCUCUUGAAACUCAGGAAAAUCGGAUAGAAAGAUCCUGGCUUGGUUACGCGCGCUUGGCCGAACAUGCACAAUGGAUUCCAGCACGGUUUCCGAUACUGAUUGAAGAAACGAACAUGAAAGUUUCCUUCACUUUUGUAGUUUCUUUAUGACAUGGGGACAUGUCAUAACUUAAGUGUGGGGGUGAAGUAAUUGUAAUUUUAAAAAAAAAUGAUUUUCAUCUUAGGAUAGCUUCUUUGUUGUACUUCUAUGGGUUUCUUGUCUGAUUAUUUUACCAUAGUCGUAUUUAUUUUGAAUCAGACAUUUUUUAGGAUAGGAGUCAUAGCAUAGUUGUUUAACAAGUGUUAGAGGUAGAAAUUGAUGGAUUCCUAUCUUGAGGUUGUGUUGCUUGCUUUA